GCGCAAUACAUUUGAAAAGACACCACAUUAAUGGCAUUUACUUCUUCUCCUUCGUACGGUUCCCUAAACGCCGCGUUUUUGCGCACCAUCCUCAUAUUACACUGUAUAUCUACACUAGUCUUCACUACUAUCUCAACACCACCUGAAGAUCCUGUGAAUUGUGUGUCGGGAAACUCGGAUUGUACUGUCACAAACUCAUAUGGGGUCUUUCCAGAUCGGUCCACGUGUCGAGCGGCCAAUGUGGCGUAUCCAACAAGCGAAGCCGAGCUCAUCGCUAUCGUGGCUGCAGCCACAAAGGCCGGACGGAAAAUGCGAGUAACCACUCGUUAUUCCCAUAGCCUCACCAAGCUCGUGUGUACCGACGGAACAGACGGUUUGUUCAUUAGCACCAAGUUUCUAAACCACACGGUGCAGUCAGAUGCAAAGUUCAUGACCUUGACGGUUGAGAGCGGUGUGACGCUUAGGCAGUUAAUCGCUGAAGCGGCUAAGGUUGGAUUGGCGUUGCCUUAUGCUCCGUAUUGGUGGGGACUAACCGUGGGUGGUAUGAUGGGGACCGGUGCUCACGGGAGCUCAUUGUGGGGUAAAGGAAGUGCUGUCCAUGAUUAUGUUACCGAGAUCAGGAUGGUUAGUCCUAGCUCGGUCAACGAUGGGUUUGCAAAGGUUAGAGUUUUAAGCGAGACUUCGACUCCUAACGAGUUUAACGCGGCUAAGGUUUCUCUUGGUGUUCUUGGGGUUAUCUCUCAGGUGACUCUUAAGUUGCAACCGAUGUUCAAGAGAUCGUUAAGGUAUGUUAUGAGAAAUGAUUCGGAUUUCGGGGAUGAAGCCGUGACAUUUGGGAAGAAACAUGAGUUUGCGGAUUUCAUAUGGUUACCGAGCCAAGGCAAAGUGGUGUAUCGAAUAGACGACCGAGUUGCGGUCAACACGUCAGGCAACGGUUUGUUUGAUUUCUUGCCGUUCCGCUCGCAUCUAUCUGCGGCAUUAGCCAUCAUAAGAUCUUCAGAGGAGACGCAAGAGACGUUCAGAGAUGCGAAUGGGAAGUGUGUAGGAGCCACACUAAUUUCAUCUACACUGUUUGCUAGCUCAUUCGGUUUAACCAACAAUGGCGUUAUAUUUACCGGUUAUCCUGUCAUUGGAAGCCAAAACCGUAUGAUGUCAUCAGGGUCGUGCUUAGACAGUCUUCAAGAUGGGUUGAUCACGGCGUGUCCAUGGGAUUCACGUAUAAAAGGCGAAUUUUUCCACCAAACAACUUUCAGUGUUCCACUUACGCAAGUCAAAAGUUUCAUAAGCGACAUCAAAUCUCUUGUAAAGAUCGAAAGGAAAUCUUUAUGCGGUCUUGAGCUAUAUAACGGUAUUCUGAUGCGUUAUGUCACAUCAUCUCCAGCUUAUCUUGGGAAAGAAGCAGAAGCUCUAGACUUUGACCUAACUUAUUACCGAGCCAAAAACCCACUAACACCACGACUCUACGAAGAUUUCAUCGAAGAGAUCGAGCAAAUUGCAUUGUUCAAGUAUGAUGCAUUGCCACAUUGGGGUAAGAACAGAAAUUUAGCAUUCGACGGAGUUGUAAGAAAGUAUAAAAAUGCGCCAGCAUUCUUGAAAGUAAAGGAAAGUUAUGAUCCAACGGGUUUAUUUUCGAGCGAGUGGACGGAUCAGAUCCUAGGGAUCAAAGGAAACACGACGAUUGUAAAAGAUGGAUGUGCAUUGGAGGGAUUGUGUAUAUGUUCGGAGGAUGCUCAUUGUGCUCCGACCAAAGGAUAUUUGUGUCGACCGGGAAAAGUUUAUAAAGACGCUAGAGUUUGUACACGUGUUAGUGGCAUAAGCGUGAUUCAAUCAGUACAUUAUAAUUAAUCUUUAUUGCUUAAUUAUCUGAAAGCGCUUUUAUGUGUAUGGGUCGAUAUUUAUUACGACGAGUUACUGCUAUUAUGGCAGGGGCCAGGGUGCCAUAAGAUUGGAACUUUCGAGAGACAUGCUUCACGAUACUUUAAUAAUUCCGCUAUUUUUUGUUGUUUGUUAAAGAAUGCUUGUUUCUACUUUUCUUCCAAC